ACGUAAUGGACUUUCAAACUGAAUUUAAUCGAAUCUUCUACAUUUGUUGUGGUAAAUUUGUCUACGGUAUUGUCAGUUUCGUGGUCUUCAGUCAGCUGUUUAAGUUGUAUCAGAUUUGCAACGACGACCUGCUCAUUAUUGACGAGGUCUUAAGAAAUAUUGGUAUCACGAUUUACUUUGCUAAUACUUUUUUCCGGGGUAUUUUUUUGAAAGGCAAACUCAGCGGCAAAAUCUUUAAGAAAGCUUUCGAAUUCGAAGACUCUAUUUAUUCCACUGGCGACCUUACAGUUCAAACCGCCUACGAAACAUCUCUGAUUCUAGUUCAAAGAACUAAGUACUGCUAUUUUAUGAUUGCGGUGCUUAUGAUGGGCGGCUACGUUCCAGCACCAUUGUUCAGGGAUCCUUACUACGUAACUAAAGGUAACGAGACAGUAGCCGUCACCCAGACACCCAUAUCUAUGUGGAUACCAUUCGACAACUCAUAUUUCCUUGCUUACGUGUACUCCACUUCAUUUGGAUCUUUCACGACUUUCGUUCUGGCUGCAACCGACCUGAUUUGCUAUUGCUUCAUUCUUUUUGGAGUUUGUCAAAUGGAUGUGAUGCGUCACUACAUGAGUAACUUCCAAAGAUAUGCUACUGAGCACUCAGCUACGCAUAGAACGACUAUGGAGGACUCUUACAGGAAGAUGCAAAAUGAAAACCUGCAGAGGCAUAAAGAUAUUGUGAGCUACGUGAUACAAUUGAAUGACACUUUAAAGAACAUAUUGCUACUGGAUUUUGUGCCUAGUUCCAUUCAAGUAGCUACACUAAUUUUUCUAAUCGUCAGAAAUCUGAGCCUGGCUCAAUUGCUUCUCCUCAGUCAAUCCGUCGCAUUCCACCUCGUCAGGGUUUUCAUUUAUUGCUACAGUUCCAACAUAUUGACUCAGAGAGGUCUCGAAAUCGCCAAUUUUUGGUACAAUUUGGACUGGACAGAGUAUCCUGAGGACGUACGCAAAAAUCUUGUGAUGUGCAUUAUGACGCCUCAGAAGCCUUUGCACAUUGCCAUUGGAAAUUUUCACAAUAUUUCGUUGGAGACCUUUUUAGCGAUUGUACGAGGAGCUUAUUCUUAUUCGUUGUUACUCACCACCAUCUAGGAUGGACAUAAUGUUGUGAUUCAGCGUUUUAUUUUUAAUUUUUCACUCCAGCAAUCAGAAAUGAUAUUAGAUAGGUAGACGUUCCAUUCAAAAUGACAAAUCUGCUGUUACUUUCUGACACAAGCGUUUACAUAUUUUGAAUGGAAAGAUCAGAGAUCAC